AUGUCCGACGUCCAGUCCCUGCUGCUGCAGACCAUCUUAUGGUCCAUCAUCCUCGAGUGCGUCGUAAUGGGCUCCUCGCGGGUCCUCAAGUGGCCUGUGCUCGUGCUCCUCAUCUUGUGGAUGGCGGUGGACCUGGUAUGCUAUGCGCUUGUGCGGCUUCUCAUUCGCGGGGUCGACCUCAUUCAGUCCGCCCUGCGGCCGGGCGACAUCUCUGCGCUCCUCGAACGACUCGACAAUGCAAAAGACUACCAAUCGUGGUUCGCAUUGGCCGAGGCAGCGGACGAGAAGGAGGGCCGCAUGGCUUGGCGGCGCGAGCAGCACUCUCGGCUCUUCGACGCGAACGCUGUCACGAGGAUGACUGCGCGCCUCGCACAGGCUCGCGCAAGAAAUGACGUUCCAGCAGUCAUUGCCGCUCUGCAGGGCUGCCUUGUCACAAACGCGUACGGCGUGAAUCGGGAGCAGAACUACCUAUUUGCGCGGACCGGACCAAAGCUACCCGUACAGAAUUUUGUCAGCGAGGUCUGCACUUCGAUUCGUUGGCUGCAGAGCACCGGUCAAACCGCGUCGAGGGCAGAGGCGGAGGCCACGCUCGUCGCCGUAGAGCGCGAGCAAGCAUCGCAUGGCAACCCAGCGCUGAUGCUAAGCGGUGGUGCCGCUCUCGGAACGUACCACUUCGGCAUCCUGAAGGGGCUCUUCCUACACAGCUGCCUCCCGUCGGUAAUCUUUGGCGCGUCCGCGGGCUCGAUCGUCGGCUCGCUCGCGUGCUGUUGGACCGACGACGAGCUGCGCGACUUCUUUCAGACAGACGAGGGGUUUGAGACUCUGUGGCGGGGAUUCAUAUACGACGCGGAGCCGUUUCGGGAGCAGCUCAAGUUCUUCACCAAGGGACUCACCUUUCUUGAGGCCUAUGAGCGCUCCGGCCGCACUCUGGUCAUCUCCGCCACGCCAUUCCGCGUUGGGCACUCAGGGGGCGGGCACGGCCCGCCUCUCAUGCUCAACUAUCGCGAUGCGCCCAAUGUGGACAUCGCCUCCGCCAUCUGCGCCUCGUCGGCCGUGCCAGGACUCAUGGACAAGACCGCGCUCCUUGAGAAGGCGCCCGACGGUUCCCUGCGCACAUUUGGCGGCGACGACGAGGCCUCCUCGGCCAACGGCAUGCGCGAUGGCAGUUUUGAGGCCGACAUGCCUCUUCAAUACCUCGCAGCGCAUUUUGGCUGCUCCUUCGCCAUCGUCUCUAUGGUGAACCCGCACGUCGUGCCUUUCUGGGCGAGGCUGACUGGGAGUCCUGGCCGCCCGACUGCGGGGCGAGCAAAGCAUGGCGGCUGGCGGGGCGGCUUCACGCUCGCCGUCCUCGAGAGCCUCUUCAAGGAGCUGUUGCGGAUGAAGUUGGGGCUCAUCGUGCGCCUGAAGCUCCCCGCCCAACUGGCCGGCGUCGACUGGAGCAACCUCUGGCUGCAGAAUGCGCCCCUCGAGAACAACCCCGGCCACGUCUGCACCAUCUUGCCUGACCUCGAGCUACGACGCGACUACCUCUCAAUGCUCGACAAUCAGCCCAGCAAAGAGGAGCUGGCGCGGAAGGUGCACGCCUCUGAGCGAGCAGUCUGGGAGUCGCUGAGCCUCAUUCGAUGCUACAUGGACGUCCACCUCGCGCUUCGCGCCUGCAGAGGCACCCUGGAGCGGCACCUCCACAGAGAUAAGUUUGACUGCUAG